GAUCUAGAUGAUCUGAAUCACGGUGGAUUCAGUGGUGAUAAUGAUAUGAUCUCAGCAUUGUUUAGGAUUGUGGUAAACAUACUAAAACUGAUCGGACAUCUGCUGUCAGCAAGUCGAACCAGGAAAAUAAGUGCUAAAGCUGAAGUGGAGCUGUUAGUAAUGAGGGGCAAUUCUCCACCUGAGGGUGAUUUCAGGAUGAAUAUCAGUGGAGCACAGUUAACCUCCCACUGGGACACAGCAACAGGAAAUACAUACCACGGCUUCACGACUGCAGGUCUCCUCAGCUACAAAGGUCUGGAUGAAUCACUCAACUGCUGUUUUGACCAUUUAGAGACACAGCAAAAGCAAACGUAUAAGAUCAAUUCAAAAGUAGUAACUGCUACUUUUAUUAACACCGAGACAACCAACCUAAAGAAACCAAUAAAACUCACAUUUUCUCACUUGAAGAAAAAGAAUGAGAAGCAUAUGUGUGUGUUUUGGGAUCCUGAGCUGGACGGGGGCGCGUGGUCAACACUUGGCUGCUCUACAGUGAGCUCCAGAGCCGAUCAGACCGUCUGCUCCUGUAAUAAACUCGGCAGUUUUGCUGUGCUGACGGUUCUCUGUGACACUGGGGUGCCCUUAAACAAAGACAUCUAACCCCCAGUUUUAAAUGGCUACUGAACCACUGCUGUGUGUGAAUGGGAUAAAUGCAGAAGACAAACUCAGAGUAUUGGAGGAUAUAAGGAUCUUCAAAUUCAAACUGUGUGUGUUUGUUCAUUUCAAGGCUUUUAUUGUCACAGUUGCUGUGAAGUAAUUUUCCAUUGCUAUUAAUAACAUUUGUCGGAUUUGUGUUUGUCAUGUGAAGCCUGAGCAUUAAAACAUAUGCAAAUAAAAUUAUUCAAUAA